UGGAUGGUUGGCUGGAUGGUUGUCCAAUAUGUAAGUGGGUGCAUAGAUGGAUGAUAGGUGGGUGGUGGAUGAAGUAUGAUUGAAGGGUCAUGGGAAGGUGAGUUGGUGGCUGGUAGCCAGCGGGUGUCUGUACAAACGCUCAGGUAGGAGGAUGGAUGCACUGGGGAACGGAUGGGUGAGUAGACAGACGGAAGAAUGGCUUCGAGAAUUCACAGGCAGGUUGGAGAGGUGAUGAGGCCUCCAUAGAAAUCCGACUCCCAGUGGGGAGGAAUCCCUGGCCGCCCACCUUGAGAUGUGUCUGCCCUCCAGCCCCGUACACGGGAAGAACGCGUAGGGGGCCCAGGCAGGCAUGUAUAGGCGGACAGGUGCCGAUACAUGUACACAGCCGUCGCCCCCGACCUCUCACCUUGGGUGACUGGCCUCCGUGCUUUCCGUCACACAGACACCGCCUGGUGGAAGGACACUUGGCUGCAGAUGAUCUUCUCUGAUUAUCCAAGAAACGUGCCUUUGUGCAGACCAGCCUCAUGUACUAAUACCAGCCCAGACACUUCCAGCCUCCAAAGCCAGGGCCGGGGCAGAGGAAGGGACCCAAGCAGGGCUGGAGGAAGCCGGUUUGAGGAGUUGAGAGUUCAGCCUGUGGACAACAGGCGAAGCUCAUCAGAACAUCGGGUUCUGGAACGGGGCUGUGAAGGGUAAAUAGGAGUUGACCAGAGAAGGAGAAGGAAGGGUAUUCUAUGUAGAAAUAACUGCACUGAUGAAAGCUUAGAGACCACAGAAAGCUUUAUCUGCGUGCACAACAGGGAACACCGGAGAGGUGCAUAUAUUGAGCACCUACUGUUUGCCAGGCCCUAGGCUAGGGACUUCACUGAAAACUGACCAUUGGUCAAAAGGGGAUUCUCUCCCUCAGGUUAAGGAUGAGGCAGGUGAAACUCAGGGCAAGUGACCUGCCAAAGGACACACAGCAAAUAGGAGAUGGGGUGUCCUGUGUCUGUGUCCUGCUCUAGGGUCUGAAAUGGCCCAGGGAAGACCAAGGGGUCCUUUCGAGGAGAGGGAGGCAGGUGACCCUCCUGCUCACCAGGUGCUGCAUCCUGCCCCACCCUCGUGCUUCCCCAGGUGGCCUGCCUGUGUUGAGGAGAAACGUGGGACGCUGGCCAUGAAGACCCUCCGGGCACGAUUUAAGAAGACAGAGCUGCGUCUCAGCCCCACUGACCUUGGCUCCUGCCCGCCCUGCGGCCCCUGCCCCAUCCCGAAGCCGGCAGCCAGAGGCAGGCGCCAGAGCCAGGAGUGGGGCAAAAGUGACGAGCGGCUGCUGCAGGCCGUGGACAGCAACGACGCUGCGCGGGUGGCUGCCCUCAUCACCCGCAAGGGACUGGUGCCCACGAAGCUGGACCCCGAGGGCAAGUCCGCAUUCCACCUGGCUGCCAUGAGAGGUGCGGCCAGCUGCCUGGAGGUGAUGCUGGCACACGGCGCCAAUGUCAUGAGCACGGAUGGGGCAGGUUACAAUGCCCUCCACCUGGCCGCCAAGUAUGGGCACCCACAGUGCUUGAAGCAGCUGCUACAGGCGUCCUGCGUGGUGGAUGUUGUGGACAGCAGUGGGUGGACGGCCCUGCAUCAUGCAGCUGCGGGCGGCUGCAUCUCCUGCUCAGAAAUGCUUUGCUCCUUCAAGGCACAACUGAAUCCCCGAGAUCGGUCAGGCACAACGCCCCUUAUCAUAGCAGCGCAGAUGUGUCACACAGAUUUGUGCCGCCUCCUCCUGCAGCAGGGGGCCGCUGCAAAUGACCAGGACCUGCAGGGCAGGACGGCCCUGAUGAUGGCCUGUGAGGGCGCCAGCCCUGAAACGGUGGAGGUGCUGCUGCAGGGCGGGGCCCAGCCGGGCAUCACCGACGCCCUGGGCCAGGACGCCGCUCACUACGGAGCCCUGGCAGGAGACAAGCUCAUCCUGCACCUCCUGCAGGAAGCUGCGCAGCGCCCCUCACCACUCAGUGAGGAUGACUCAGGCGAGGCAUCAUCUCAGAACUCUGUGUCCAGCCAUGAGAAGCGAGGGGCUCCCAAGAAGCGGAAGGCACCUCAGCCCCCCGCCAGCAUCCCCGUGCCGGAUGAUCGAGACGCCUAUGAGGAGAUCGUGCGGCUGCGACAGGAGAGGGGCCGCCUGCUGCAGAAGAUCCGGGGCCUGGAGCAGCACCAGGAACGGAGGAAGCAGGAGCUGCCAGAGGCCGAGGCCAGCUCCCUCCACAGCCUGGAGAGACAGGUGCAGGAGCUGCAGCAGCUGCUGGCUGAGAAGCAGGAGGAGAAGGAGAGCCUGGGACGGGAGGUGGAGAGUCUGCAGAGCCGCCUGUCGCUGCUGGAGAAUGAGAGGGAGAACACCAGCUAUGAUGUGGCCACUCUGCAGGAUGAAGAGGGUGAACUGUCUGACUUUCCAGGGGCCGAGGCUCUGCUCUGCAAACGGCUAAGCCCCUCAGCCCAGGAGCUCUUGGCCUCGCUGCAGGAGCAGGUGGCUGCGCUCACCAGACAAAACCAGGAGCUGAUGGAGAAGGUCCAGAUCCUGGAGAGCUUUGAGAAGGAUGAGAUGGAGGUGAAUGGGUCAGCCGAGGUCAUCCCUCUGGCGCUCUAUGACUCUCUCCGGGCUGAGUUUGACCAGCUCCGCAGGCAGCAUGCCGAGGCCCUGCGGGCACUGGAGCAACUGGAGGCCCGGGGGGCCCCUGGAGCAGAGGAGGCAGCCGCUGGGGAGGGCCGGGGCACGGGACUCAAGACCACCAGGAAUGGGCCGAUGGAGAUGGAGCUUGAUGGCCUCACGGCUGCGGGAUCCAAAGUUCACGGAGCUGAGACCACAGAGGAGGAGGCUGCAGGAGGUGACACUGUGCAGACAGCAUCUGUGGAGGCCGAGGCCACGGAAACAAAAUCCACGGGGGCCGAGGCCACAGAAACGAAAUCCAUGGGAGCCGAGGCCACAGAAACAAAACCCAUGGACCCUGAAGCCACAGAAACAAAAUCCACGGGGGCCGAGGCCACAGAAACUGAGGCUCUGGAAGAGGGAGGAAAUCCAGAAACGAAGGCCACAGGAGCAGAGGCCACAAAGCCCAAAGCAGAGGAACCAGAAGUGAAGGCCAACGGCGUGGGUGCUGGGGAGGCCAAGCCUACGGACCCAGAGACCGCGCCCGUGGAGGCCGCCCCAGGCCCAGCCCUCUACCCUGGAGCCGCGGAGGCCUCAGAACAGCUGCAGGCAGAGCUGGAGACCAGGAUUCGCGCCUUGGAGGAGGCGCUCCGGCAGCGGGAGCGGGAGGCGGCCGCCGAGCUGGAGGCAGCGCACGGCAAGUGCCAGGCCGCAGAGGCCGAGGCCGGCCGGCUCCGGGAGCGGGUGCGCGAGGCCGAGGGCGGCGGCGCCGCGGGGGGCAGCGGCGGGGACGUGGUCCAGCUGCGAGCCGCCCUGGAGCAGGCCCGGGAGGACCUCCGAGUCCGGGACGCGCGCCUCCGGGAGCUGGAGGCGGCCUCGGCCUGGCUGGACGAGGCCCGGGCUGGCCGGCUACUGGCCGAGGAGGAGGCCCGGGGCCUGCGGGCGGAGCUGGCCCGACGGGACGAGGUGCGGCUGGAGCAGAGCCGGGAGCUGGAGGCGCUCCGGGGGCAGCUGGCCACUGCCACGGCCACCGGGGAGCAGCAGCGGGCAGCGGCGGCCCAGCUGGGCCAGGCCCGGGAUGCGGCCGAGGCCCGAGCCGCCGAGCUGGCCGCGGCCUGCGAGGAGGCCCGGCGGGGCCUGGCGGAGCUGCGCGAGGCUUCCGAGGCCCUGCGCCAGUCGGCGGUGCCGGCGUCCGAGCAUCACCGGCUGCAGGAGGAGGCCCUGGAGCUGCGGGGCCGGGCGGCCAGCCUGGAGCAGGAGGUGGUGGCCACCGGCAAGGAGGCCGCCCGGCUGCGGGCCGAGCUGGAGCGGGAGCGUGUGGGGAGCGUGGCCCGCUUGGAGCACGAGCGCGUGGUGGGCGCGUUGCAGGCAGACGUGGCCCGGCUGGAGGGGCAGCUGGAGGACCUGGGACGACGGCACGAGAAGACCAGCGCCGAGGUCUUCCAGGUCCAGAGGGAGGCGUUGUUCAUGAAGAGUGAGCGGCACGCGGCUGAGGCCCAGCUGGCCACAGCAGAGCAACAGCUGCGGGGACUCCGUACUGAGGCCGAGCGGGCACGCCAGGCCCAGAGCCGCGCCCAGGAGGCCCUGGACAUGGCCAAGGAGAAGGACAAGAAGAUCACAGAGCUCUCCAAGGAAGUCUUCAGUCUUAAGGAGGCAUUGAAGGACCAGCCAGCGGCCCCAGGCCCCCCCGAAGUAGAGACCCUCCGUGGCCAGGUCAAAGCCCUGCAGGAGCAGCUGAAGCAGGCUGCCAGGGACCACAGUGCCGUGGUGGCUUUGUAUAGGAGCCACCUCCUGUAUGCCAUCCAGGGUCAGAUGGAUGAAGAUGUGCAGCGGAUUCUGAGCCAGAUCCUCCAGAUGCAGAGACUCCAAGCUCAGGGCCGCUGAGCAUCCGAGCACUGACCCCCCGGCCCCCAGGCUCCGCGAGGGGGUCCAGGGUCACCCUCUGACCUACUAAGCUUGGACAGCGGCCUGGGCCCUCUGGGCUGUUCUUAGCUGCGUCCACUGCCCCACUUGUGCCCCGCAUGCCCUGGCGGUGCCCCUGCCCCACCCGAGGAUCUGUGAAUCCCCUCCCCCACUUCCUGUUGGUCCCAUAGCCAGGCGGCACCCCGGCCCCCAGGAACCCCAGGAAUAAAAGCUCUCGGAGCAGAAGAUGAAAGUGUAUGGCCUGAUCGCUGCAGGGAGGAGAGGGUGGCCCAGGGCAGGGAUUAGCAGGUGAGGCGCGCAGUCCCCGGUCCCCAGAGUAGGCACCGUGUGGACGCAGUGCUGUAAAGUGUCACAGUGAACGACCAGAUGUCCACGAUCAACAAACCAUCCAAAUGUUAAGACAGCCUCCAAGUCUGCAUUCUUGAGUAUCUUUCCUCACCCCAAAUCCAGCCCCGCUGGGACCCUCCCACCUGCAGCCUCCCUGCCCUUGGGCAAGUCCCCCGAAAACCCCUGGGGCUUCUUAGCUCUUUCCCUGCUAAGGCGGGCGAGGCGGGAAUGUGGCCCAUCCCCUUGAGUGUCCAGGGUGGGCACCGUGUCUGUAGGGGCCCAGCCUGUCCCUCGGGGUCCCUGUGGCUCCGAGUAGGUCCCGCAGGUGGGGCUGCCUCCCCAGGGCCCUGUUUCUGUCUCUGUGGCCCUGAGCGUGGAGCGCUGGCCAGGGUGGGUCCCCGCACUGUGGUCGGCGAGUGCAGGGGCCACUUCCCCUGUCCUGCCUGCGUCUCUCUUCACCCGGUGUUGGUCUCUUGUGUUUCUGCCACUGGCUCACGGGCUCCCAACGCUGUCCCCGUCCCUCUCUCUUCUCUCCGUCUCUGUGUCUCUCCCCACACUGUCCUUUCUCAACCUUCACCCUGUCAUCGGUCCCCUCCUGGGGUUUUCCCAUCCAUGUGUUCCCUGAAGCCGGAAGGAAGGACUGGCAGUCAGGCUGUUGUGGGAAAGGCCACGGGGUCUCCACUUCUCUCUUUCUCGAAGCCUCCUCUCCCGCCUCCACCCUCAGGGCCUCCGGAACCCUGUGCCCAGCGGUGACAGGUGAAGGGACCAGGGCUCCUCCGCCACCACCCGCUCAGCUCUGCUGGCCCCGCAAACCGCAAACCAGCCAGGGAGUCAGACCCCGGGGGAGGGGAAGUGGGGGCUUUGACAGGGUGCUGCGCUUCCUCCUCUGGUGGAACCCGAGUCCCCUGCCUCCCGGAGGUGCUCCCAGGACAGCAGAGCCCGCCGAC